AUGAUUGCUGCUCCUCUCCGUACGGCCUGUUUCUCGUCGCUGCGUGCUGCUGUGCGCGCCACUCCUGCUCGCGUUGCUCCGAUCCGUUCGUUCCAGACGUCGUCGGUGUCGGCUGCUAUCAAGACGCUGUAUACGGCUGAGCACGAGUGGAUCCGUUUCGACGAUGAGACCAACAAGGGUGUGCUGGGCAUCACGGACCACGCCCAGAACAGCCUGGGCGACGUUGUGUACCUUGAGCUUCCUGCUCCAGGACUGGAAGUGUCCAAGGGUGACCAAAUCGGCUCCAUUGAGUCUGUCAAGGCUGCGUCGGAUAUCUACUCGCCUGUGAGCGGUAUCAUCUCGGAGGCCAACGAGAAGCUCAACGACGAGAUGACGCUCGUGAAUAAGAGCCCCAUGGAGGAGGGUUGGCUUGCCAAGAUCGAGCUCACGCAGCCGGGCGAGCUGGAGGAGCUCCUGAGCGAGGAGGCCUACAAGGCUACGCUGGACCACUAA